UUAUUGUGAUCGUUCUGUUUUUGUUAAACUUGUCAAGGAGAGAGACGCUUACAAUGAAUCGCUUGGCGUUUCUAAAUAUGAGAAAUGUAUCAGCGUCAAAGUCUUGGCGCUAAUUCAACUCAUUUCUUCAUUAUCUUGUUACUCAUACUGCAAGUCUUUCAUAUCUCAGAAUCUCAGUCGCAAGUGCAGCCACAGUUUGUUUCAAGCUCUUCAUUGGAGGCGUUUCAAUCCAAGCAGAAAAUGCCGCCAGCUUAUGUGAAUGGUUUGCUUAGUUUGAAGGGAAGUCUGUUGACCAACAACUUUCAGCUAAAGCCAAUUGUGAACAGCAACAUUGGAAAUCGGGAACUUGGCUCUCAUUUAGACUUCAAAAUGUCGCCACAAACAGACGAGGCAAAGCAGCUGCUAGCUGAAGCAAAAUACAAUUUUCGUGAGCUCAACUCAAAUAUUGCAAAGUCACCACAAAAGCAAGAGGAUUCCAAGCAAUUGCUGGCACUGCAAGAACGCAAUAUGGAUAAGGAUAAACUGCAUCAGCAACUCGAUCAGCUGCAAUUAGAGCUGCGGAAACAGGACGAUCAGCUGAGCAAACAGGAUAUGGAGUUGGCUGCUCAAGUCUCGGCAACUUCAGCGCCAUUGCAGCAAAUGCCUGGACCAGUUCAUCCGCCAAUCGAGCAGCUUGCUGAGCAGUCGCAAGGCCCCCAACCCGUGUUACAGUCUUCUUCACAGUUGCUGGAUUUGCCACAAUCAACAGCUGAGCGGGAUACAACUCCUUUGGUGCAAGCGGAUGGUGAAUCCAAUUGCUAUGCCAAGAUGCAGCUGCUUCAACAGCUGGCCGAGCACUUCGGACAGAGCCAGCCACAACAACUGCAGCAGCAAUCGCAACAGCAGCAGCUGCAACAACAAGCACAACAGCAGCAACAGCCACAGCAACUGCGUUCGAACUUAGCGCAGUUAUCAGCGGAUGCAGAGGAAGAUGAUGAAGAACAGUAUUUUGAGAAGGCAAACACAACGGAGCAAUGCGAUGAGACAACCAGAAAACCCAAAUCCACCACUACUAAAAAACCCACAGCACGCACAACACACAAGUUGCCUUGUUGCAGCAAAAAACCAAAGCAUAAGAAGCCAAAACAAAGCGUUAAGAAAGAUAAAGAAGGAACGCAACUGAAGCGAUCUCAUCGACACACAACCAUGAAGCCUAAUCUGCGUAUCGAUGCCAUUGCUACAUUAAUACGAUAUCGCAAUAAGCAGAACGAUCCAAAUGCAGCUCAGCUGAAUGAACCUCAACGUCCAUUGCAUGCGCAGCUUGGCAAGAAUCGGAGGAAGCAAAAAUCCAGGUGGAGAACGAGCCUGAAGAGCAAAACUCGCAAAGAACGUGGUGUUGUCACCAGAAAGCAGCUUUUGCAGGCUGAAAUCAAACUGUGGCCCAUCAAAAUAGCACACUGAUUAGAUCACUUUUGUUUUUGCUUAAAUAUAUAUUU